GCAGCUCCUGUAUGCUUCUCUGUUUUGAACUCUGACCUCAAACUGUGCACGCUGGGAAUGGAAACAACGUGGAUAGCAAAAGAUUAAAGUAAUAUUUAUUAAAUUCAGAGUUGGCAGAGCGUUAGUGUCCCAUGUUUUCUUCCGCCUGGAUUCAAUAACUGUGCUCCUGAACGCGGCUGAAAGAUGGGGAAGGUGCCUAAGAAGAGGAACCUCGCUGACAAGGUCCGCAAAACCAAGACCUCCACCGAGAUCAAAAACAACCCGUUUGAGGUGAAAAUCAACAGGAAGAAGUUUGAUGUUCUGGGGAGAAAGACCAAGCAUGAUGUGGGUCUGCCCGGUGUGUCUCGAUCCAAAGCCAUUAAUAAGAGAAAAGAAACCCUCCUUAAGGAAUACAAACAGAAGAACAAGUCCAACAAAUUAAUUGACAAACGCUUUGGAGAGUAUGACACCAAGAUGGCACCAGAAGACAAAAUCCUGCAGAGGUUCGCGAUGGAGAGACAGCGUGUCCAUGAAAAGAAGGAUGUGUACAACCUGAACGAGGAGGAGGAGCUGACUCAUUAUGGCCAGUCGCUGGCUGAAAUGGAGAAAUACAAUGACAUUGUGAAUAGCGAUGAUGAAUCGGAAGAGAAAGGGCUUUUGUCAGCUGAGCUGACCGCCUCCCACUUCGGAGGAGGAGGCCUCCUCAGAAAGAGAACAUCAGGGGAUCAGCAGGAGGAAGAAGGAAGCCAGAGGGCCAAGUCCAGACAGGAGCUCAUUGAAGAGCUCAUCCAGAAGUCCAAGCAGGAGAAGCGGGAGCGUCAGGUGCAGAAAGAGGAGGCACAGGAGCUGACUGAGAAACUGGAUCAAGAGUGGAAGAGCAUCCAGUCUCUGAUGGUGAAAAAGACGCCCAAAGCUGAAUCUGACGACAAACCAGAGGAGAAGCCCAAGCUGGAAGAGUACGACAUGAUGGUCAGAGAGCUCGUCUUCGAGAUGAAGGCUCAGCCCUCGGAGAAGAUGAAAACCCCGGAGGAGCUCGCCCGGGAGGCGAGGGAGAAGCUGCAGAAAUUAGAGGCUGAUCGUCUGAGGAGGAUGAUGGGAGAUGAAGUCGGGGACACUGCACAGAGUCUGGUCCACAUGUCUGCUGAUGACCUCAAUGAUGGUUUCGUCCUGGAUAAGGAAGACCAGAAGACCCUGGCUUAUCAGGAUGGAAAAUGGAACAUUGGAGAGAAGUCUGAGGAUGAGGAUGAGGAUGAAGAUGAAGAAGAGGGAGAGAGUGGUGGUGAGGAGGAGGAGGAGGAGGAGGAAUCGGAGGCAGAGGAGGGCGAUGGAGAAGAAGAAGAAGAUGACGAAGAGGAUGAGGAGCAGGAGGGCAGCAGUGAAGAAGAAGAUGGCCACUCGGACCUGGAGUCAGAGCAAGAAAGCGAGGAUGAGGAGAGAAAACAGGAGGAUGAAGAGGCCAGUGCCAAACCAAAAAAGAUUCUGAGCAAAGAGGAGCUGAAGGCCCAGCAGGACGCCGCUAAAGCAGAGCUCCCAUACACCUUUACUGCUCCUGAAAGCUACAGCGACCUGAAAGAUUUGCUUCAUGGCCACACCCCGGACAACCAGCGCCUCAUCGUGGCCAGGACUCAGAAAUGCAACCAUCCUAGUCUGGCUGUAGGCAAUAAGCUCAAACUGCAGAAACUGUUCGGCUUUCUCUUGGAGUACAUUGGAGAACUGGCCACCAGGAGUCCACCUGAACUCACCACCAUAGAUAAGCUCAUACCAGAGUUGUACAGUAUGUGUCAGAUUUACCCGGAAGCAGCCUGCAAGGCCAUGCAGGGCAUCCUGGGAGACGCUGGUCAUAGCAUGGAGGAGGAGCUUGAGGUCAAAGGGCACGUUGCGUUCCCAACACUAGACAUGCUUAUCUACCUGAAGGUGACGGCCCUGCUGUUUCCUACCUCUGACUUCAGACACCCUGUUACCACUCCAGCGCUGCUUUACAUCAGCCAGGCUCUCACCAAGUGUCCAGUGAAAUCAUUACAGGACGUGACGUCAGGUUUAGUGCUGUGCUGUCUGGCGGUGGAGUACGUCUCUUUUUCAAAGCGUUUCCUGCCCGAGCUCAUCAACUUCCUGGCUGGAACGCUACAUCUGGCCGUGAAGGACAAGACCUCUUUAGGUUAUGCUGUGGUGCCGCCCUUUAGGCCGUCGGGGAAGUGCAGUGACCUGUUGGUGUUGUCAGACUCCGAGUCCUGCAAGAGCUGGAGCAAGAAGAGCCUUCCGUUGUCGGCCACCCAACACCUGGACCUCAAAAAUGACCUCGACAGAGAUCACCAUAGGUUGAUGUGUCUGUCUACUUGCCUGGACCUUGUGAAGCGGUGCUGCCUGCUCUACAAAGACCUCAUGUCCUUCACAUUCAUCUUCCAGCCAAUCAGAACACUGCUUUCCAAACAUCUUUCAGCCCAAGCAUUACCAGAGCUUUUACAGGAGCUUCACAGGGAGAUCCUGGAGACCAUCAGCAGCGUACCUGUGUCUCACAGUCGGCUAGUUUUGGAGAAGAAGAAGCCAAUUCCCCUGAAGCUGCUCACGCCCAAGAUAGUUGAAGUGUUGGACUAUGGAAAGAAGCGUGGCAGCACCAGAGAGGAGAGAGAGAAGGAGCGAUUGAAGCACAAGUACAAGAAAGAGUUCAAGGGCGCUCUGAGGGAGAUCAGGAAGGACUCGCGCUUCCUGGCCAGAGAGAAGCUCAACGAGGUCAUGAACAGAGAUGCAGAGAGGAAGAGGAAAGUGAGGGAACUCUUUGGCAGUUUGGCCACUCAGGAGGGAGAGUGGAAGGCCCUGAAGAGGAGGAAGAGGAAGUGAAAUACAGAAUCUCAUCUUCAUCAGUUCUCUCCAUCACUUGUUACCUGUCAAAUGGACAUGACCUUGCCAGAUUGAACAAGGUUGAAAUUUGUGGAACUGCGAACUGUACGGAUUAUUUUUUAAUCAUGAGGAUAAAUUCAACUUGUUGCAACACA